AUGUCUGCGCCACCAUCUCAAACAUCUGCGGGACCCUCGGGUUCUGCAGAAUCCACAGCAACAAAGAAAGUGAACGCAGACUAUGGCGUCUUUGGUCAGGUCUUGUACCACCUGGUGUCUUUCACGGAAGGGUACGAGCAGCAGGUGUUGUACAUGUGUGUUAGGACCUUCAAGUCGACUUUGAAGUUCUCCAAGCGGCAGCUGACGAUGUUGGUGACGGUGUCUAUCAUGUCACGCAUGUGUUGCUCAUUAGUUUGGGGACUGCUGGCGGACGCGUUUGAGACUAACCUCGUGUUGGCUGCUGGGUUGUUGUUCAUGGGCAUCGCGUCAAUCUUUCUGAGCUCCGCGUCACACUACUCCGCGAUCCUCUUCCUGCGCUUCUUGCACGGCGCCGCAUUCGGUUGCGUGUACCCAGUUCAGCAGAAGAUUGUUGCUGAAUCCGAUGAUGAUCAAAACAGCAGCAGCACGUUCACCCGCCUUCACGCUCUGAAUACCAUCGGCCGUAUGCUUUGCGCCGUCUUAACCACGGAGGCCGCUCAAAACAUCUUGCUCGGAUAUAUUGGCUGGCGUGUCUCGUACAUCGUGUUGGGAUACGUGUGGAUCUCAAUUGGUAUUGCAAUUAUAUUUGGAAUGAAAAGUGAUGAGGAUCUCACGUCGCCCUAUGAAUCCAUAGAAAUUUUCAUCAGCCAAAUAUCAGGGGCCUUUCAAGCGGUUUUUAUGUCUUGGUCAGCAUUUCUGUCCAUCUUUACUAUGCUGAUCGCAGAAGCUCCGAUGUGCACCCUGCCGUACAUGAUCACGUACCUGGAGUACUUGGGUGUGUCUGACCUGAAGGUGGGUAUUGCGAUCGUGGUCACAACUAUCGGCGGUGCGGCGGGAACUGCGGCUGGAGGGAUUGUUAUUGACAAGAUUACAAAAUUGCAUCCGGAUUAUGGAGAGUUGAUUGCCGGCAUCGUCGUGAUGGGCGUCCGAUUGAUCGUGUGCCUCUUGUUCUUCAUGUCCCCGGCGCCGGACGGACGUUUGCUGUGGUAUCACUACAUAGAGUUUGCGAUUCUUGGGGCGACGUUGGUCACGGUUGGUGGCGUAGACAGGCCCAUUAUGAAGAAAGCGAUCGAGGACAAGUACCAGGCUACGGCCUCCGCCAUAAUCCAGUGCAUAUCCGGCAUCUCGAUUAGCGUCAGCUUCGUCGAGAUCUUUGCAUGGGUGUCCGAGAAGCUGCACGGCUACGUCCCCUCUAACAAGCCACUCGAAGCCAUGGAUGAUGGUAUGAAAGAUAGAAAUACAGAGGCCCUCCGGAAGUCGACCAUGUACAUCAUCGUAAUAGGCUCACUGCUCAACAUCGCUUGCUAUGGCGCGUUAUUUGGCAGAUACAAAGAGGACAAGAAGGAUGUUGAAAAGAAAAAUGUAGUAUGGCAACAAGAAAGGGCAGCAAGGCAGUAUAAGAAGAGCACUUUAGAGGAAAGGGCGAUCACAAAACUGCCAGACGAUGAAGAAUCGAAGGAACAGGCCGUAGAAGAAGCAGAACCACUACAAUAA